UUUGUCCAGAAAGAACAGCAAUGGAGGCUGUUCGUCAAACUGAUCCCGACGAAGCGUCUUUAGAGGCAGGGAAUAGCCAAACUCGAAAUGACGAGCCAAAAACGUGCUGUAAUUGUACACCGGAAAGACUGAUAUGUAUCAGCCAUGCACUGUCAGCAUGGGGAGACCGCAUGUGGGAAUUUGCAGUGGCAUUGUACCUUGUUGAGCUCACGCCAGGAUCACUGAGGCUUACAGCUAUCUUCCAGCUUGUUAGAACACUGGUUACUAUCUUUCUUGGUCCAUUUGUAGGGAACUGGGUAGAUGGAAGCCCAAGGUUGAGAGUUGCACAGGUGUCCCUAGUAGUUCAAAAUCUAGCCGUAGYGACAUCAGCCCUGAUUCUCCUACUGAUCUUGACUGUGCACUUGUCCAAUGCACUGUUCGUUAUUGCAGUCAUUCUGGUUAUUGUAGUUGCUUGCCUGUCAGUCCUUGCUGGUAUCGCUACCAAGAUUGCUAUUGAAAAGGAUUGGGUCAUUGUGAUAAGUGGUUCAGACAAGUCUCUCCUUGCAGGAACCAAUGCCAUUCUCCGUCGCAUUGACCUUGUUUGCAAAAUCCUUGCCCCAGCCCUUGUGGGACAGAUCAUGACCUACGUGUCUAAAGCAGCAGGGGUCAUCCUUAUCGCUGUUUGGAAUGUUGUCUCUGUGUUUUUUGAGUACUAUAUGUUGUUGAAGGUAUUCCACGCCGUUCCUUCCUUGGCCGUGAAGAAGAUAGACAAGACAAGACACGGGACAAACACAGAAGAUACUCCGUCUAGUUCAUUACAAAAUGACCAAGAGAGACAACAGCAAGACAACUCGAGGGAUCGUCUUGACUGGAUGGAACAAGAAAACGCAGACAACGAAGAAGAUAGAGAAACUCUUGUCCCGCGUACUCGUGUUGYUUCACGAAAACCCAAGAAACCAAGAAUUUGGCAGCGUUUGAAGAACAAAGCACAGACUUUUAAAGUAGGGUGCCAGAUUUACAUGAGACAAAGCGUCGUGCUCCCUGGGUUAGCUCUAGCGGCUUUAUACUUUACAGUCCUUUCCUUUGGCUCAAUAACGACAGGUUACAUCUACACCCAAAACAUCACCGAGUCGCUCUUGAGUAUACUUCGUGCUGUUGGUUCUGUGUUUGGAGUUCUUGCCACUUUUGUUUUUCCUAAGAUGAGGAAUUCUUUGGGACUGGUUCGCUCGGGUCUGUUCUCCAUGUCAGCUCAGUUUUGUUGCAUGUUAUUGUGUCUAGCUGCAAUUUUUGCUCCAGGAUCUCCGUUCUUCCUGCUUCCAGAUAGUUGGCGCUUCUACGGCAGCACUGAAACCAUUCAUGCUUUUCACAACAUCACAGGAGGAAACUGCUCUGUUCUAUCUCCUUCGCCUCUCACGUUUUCUUUCCAGUCCGUGGUAAAAAUGUAUGGAAACCAAAUAGCUGAAAGGAAUGACACGAAUUUUAACGUCUCUUCAUCGUCUGUUCUUCCAAGCUCACCUUUAUUAACUACUUCAAGUUCGUAUUCGUCAAAUUUUCCACACGUUUCUUUAAUCUUACCUUCACCUCCAGUCACUCUUACAUCUACAUCUUUUACAUCUCAAACCAGUAUCACAAGUACGACCAGCCUUGCUAUAAUGACAUCCAAAAUGACUGCAUUUUCACAAUCCACCAACAUUUUACCUUCGCCUACUCAGUCGUUUUCCGCGAGUCCAUCUCAAUCCAAAACAAAGUUGAACUGCACCCAAGAAACAAUCAAGAAGAAAAAGACUGUACAUAAUUUUUCGUACGUGUCUGUAGGGCUUUUAGUGGCUGGCAUUAUCAUUUCCAGGUUUGGCCUUUGGUUGUCAGAUUUAUCGAUCUCCCAACUACAACAAGAAAACGUGCCCGAAGAGGAACGAGGCAUCGUUGGUGCCAUGCAAAAAUCAUUCAACUCAAUGCUCGACAUGUCCAUGUUUAUUUGUGUCAUUUCUUUACCAAAGCCAGAACAGUUUGGUAUUAUAGCAAUCAUGUCGGUCGCAGCAGUUGGCGUUGGAGGGAUUCUCUACGCGACUUUUGCGUAUAAAACCCGCGGUCAUCUUUUUCACUUUGAGAGAGUCAAACGAUUGUUUGCAAGGACUUCAUCUGGAAGCCACACCGCUCCGUCACACCGUGCCUCUUCUCAGGAUAGCCUCGAUCAUGAAGAAGAAGAAGACACCAUGAUUAGAGGAGUUUUAAGUACGAGAAAUGAAAACUUCAGGCCGUAACUGUACUGCGUUAUAUUGUUCUAACAUCUUUAUUGCAUGCGGACGUUUUUUAGUUUGUCAAUAUUUGAUAACGCAAARUCCGUUUUAGACGGAUGCUGUUAAAUAAUAAUAAUUAUCUUUGUAUGAAUUGGAAGCAUUAGAUUGCCAAAGAAUGCCUUUGCACAUUGCAAAUAUCCACACAUCCCAUCCAUUCGCAUGGACACAGAAUGCAAAUUUGUAUUCUUGGUUAACUCUUACAUUACACUCUUUAUGCUUCAAAAGGCAUAGAAUAAUCGAAAUAUGACUGUAUUUUUAAGAAAAGAUGUUAGACCACUUUAGGUUGUAAAGAAAUCUUAGGUGUGGUUACAUUUUGGAUUGAACCAGUUUUAGAGAGAAAGAGGUAAUAGUUUUCAAAGGUCAGCUAAGAUUUCUUUACUUUAUUUCUCAUUUUGACGAUUUUAUACAUUUAUUUCAAUUAAAGUUAGUCACCUGAAAAGCUACAAAGCUGAGACCGACAAGGAUUAUGGGUAGAUACAUUUUACAUGUUUCAGCCGCUUGAUAACUGUGUCAAGACGUGAAUCUUGGGAACGGCAACUUGACUCAAAAUUGAAUAAUAAUUCUUUUUAAUCUAUAAUUUCAAUGAUCUUAUUGAUCUUAUCAACUCAAAUAGUCGCUACUUCUCUGCUGUUUUGUUCCUUCGAUGCUCUAGUCUUCACCUCUCAAGUCAAGUGCUUUCUUCUCUCUCUUAAUUUGACUUACUUAUAUUUAUAGUAUAGACUAUCCUUUCAUUUGGUGAUGUAACGUUUUCACCAAUGCUUUGUCUUAUAGUUGAUCCCUCUUACGUAACUUCGUUUUAAUCAUAAUCCCAUGGCUAUUCUCUAUUGAAUAUAUUAACUUCUUUACAAACUGUUGAUGGACUAGAGAUCUUCUACCAGUUACGAGUUAACCUCCUCUGAGUAUCCUCAACUUUGCUGCACUUUGUGUCAAAAGCUUUACUUGUUGGAUAUGAAACAUUUCCCCAUGAUUCUCAGCGAUCACAGCUUUCUAGGUUUUUGGUGACUAACUUUAUUGAAAUAAGUGUAUAUUGAUUUCUUAUAAUAUGACGUCAUAGAAACCUAGCUUGGGCUACCUGUGAUUUUUGCUCAGUUCUGGACCAGAGUGAUUCUUUUUAAAAAAGGUUAAAUUUCGAAAUAUAACAAAAGUGCAUUAUAACCAUUUUGGAAUUGGUAAUAGAGUCAUUUUUGUUGUGUGUUGUAGUCUGGUAAUAAAAUAAUUACAAACCUCUAAUAAAGUGCGUCGACUUAAA